AUGCCUGACAAGAAAAAUUAUCAUUUCCUCUUCACAUAUUUGCCUCUCUGGGGUCACACUAGAUCAUGCUGCGUCCUCGCGGCGCGUAUGGCUAAAGAACACAGAAAUCUAACUGUGACACUUUUCCUCCCUCCUACGUUCAUCAAGCAAGCAGAGGCCGAGGUGUUAGCGGAACUGAGCUAUGGAGAUGAAGUCAAAGAAGUACUUCAGGACCUCCGGCGACGCGUUAGAAUUGUCGUGUUAUACAAAUCCUCUUCGAUGGAUCUCAUGGAACAAAUGACCUCGAUGUUCGAAGCCUAUCCUGCUACGUACAAAACGCUCGUCGACGGUGAACCUGUAACAUGUGCGAGUACCGGGCGCGUGUUUGAAGGCGUCGGCGCCCCUGAUAUCGUGUUUCUGGAUGUCUUCGCAAGCCCUCUCAUGGCUAUAACUCGUACUGUCACUGGUCUCAGCGUCCCUAUCAUCGGUUUCAUUCCCGUGCAUGCGUCGUACGCCCUGCACAUAUGCCUCCCGGCGCAUAUGGGCGGCCUUGGCGAUCUCGGAGUUAUGAUUGAAGAUGAGGCCAGAAGGCUAGGUGUGACGUCGCGCGAGAUUGGGGACACCGUUUAUUACCGAACUGAAGGCAGGAUCAAUAAGAUCCCUGGGUUGCCUGCGAUGUAUGAUUGGGAGCAUUUUCCACAAGUUCUUGUCACAUCUGGUUCCACGGCCAUCAUCUCUGACCUCAUUAAAUUGGCCGUGCAGGGUAUAAAGGAUUGCACUGCCGGCUUUUCCUUGACGCCAUACGACUUCGAGCCGGAAUCGGUAGACACGCUUAGAUCUUGGUUUGUCGAUGAUUGGAAGAAGGAGUUGUAUGUUGUUGGCCCGCUGCUCGCGUCUAAACCCACUAGAUUUGGCGUCACCGAUGGUACAUCCGCUCUAGGUGCGGAUGUUAGCUCAACAGAAUCGCCGGAGGUGCAGCGUUUCCUCGACAAUGCGAUGCAAGAGUAUGGAAAGAAUUCGGUUGUAUUGAUAUCUUUUGGAUCUAUUUUCUGGCCGACGGUCAAUGAGUACAUCGAUGAAGUUCUCGAAGCUCUUAUUGAGAAGAAGUUCCCAUUCAUCCUCUCAUGUGCAUCCCCGUUUGCACAUAUUGCAGCGGAGGUGCUUGAGAAGAUUACAGCGUCUAAAUGCGGACUUGUGUCGAAGUGGGUGCCACAGAAGUUCGUGCUGGAUCAUCCGGCAACUGGGUGGUUCAUUUCUCAUGCUGGGCAGAGUGGUGUGCAUGAGUCACUCGAUAGCGGGGUGCCUAUGAUAUGUUGGCCAUUCGAAUUUGACCAGCCACUCGCAUCCGCACACCUCACACAAAACCUCAACGCCGCAUUCGAGCUAGUGGAAGUACGCACGGGUGAGGCUGGGCUGAAACCUAUCCUCUCUCUGGGCGGCCGCGCUCCGAAGGGCACACGCGCGGCUGUUGGUGCUGAGAUGCGUGCGGUGCUGGAUGCGUGUCGCGGGCCAGAGGGGGAGGAAAAAAGGAGGAAUAUGGAGGAGUUGAGGAGGAAAGUAAGGGGAGCUUGGGGGAGAUAUGUCAAGGGUAGGAGUCGUCGGGACUUUGAGGCAUUUUUAGAGAAGUUUGGUUUUGACCUGGACGAGGUUGAUGUUUGA